AUGAGUAAAGUUACCACAGUUAUAGAUGUUGAUGACUCUCUUGAUGAUGUCAUAUUAGUUGAUGAAGAAAACAACAGUAAAGCAGAUUUGAUAUGGGCUGACAUAAAUGAAUUGUAUACUCAAUUUGUUGCACAAUGUGCCCAUUUAGAUAAUUCAACAGGAACUAGAGUUUUCAAUAAAAUAGUAAAACCAGCAUAUAAGCAGUUGGAUGAACAUUAUAAAACAUCAAAAAGCUUUGAAAAAGUCUUAAGUAGAACAUUAAAAUUAUUAAAAAAUGAUCCUACUCACAAAUUCACCCAUAUCAAAGAUCUAUAUGAAACUAUGAAGUUACAUAAAGUGAGGAAAAAAGUAAAUUUUGUGACAUUAGAAACAAAUCUAAGAGAUAAGCAUUCUAUUGUGUAUACAAAAAGAAAGACCGACACUAAUGAUCACAUAAAUGACAAACAGAAAGUAGUUACCAUUGAUUUGGCCAAUGAGAAUCCUUCAGUUAUAGAUGUGGAAAAUUAUAAUUGUGAUGUUAUAUUAGUUGAUGAUGGAAAAAAUUCAGAAAAGGAAAAUAACUGUGGUGAAAUGAGUAGUGAUAUGUUAAACAAACAAGAAGUUAAUGCUGAUAAUCAUACAUCACCAUAUAUAAUAAGUGAAAAGUACAAAGCAAAUAUAGUGGAGCUUUAUAGAAAAUUAUGUGAACUCACUGGAAUGGAGAGGACUUUAGUCAAGCGUCAUGAAGUACGAUUAAAGGUUAAUGAUGGUCAUCCACCAGGUCCUGUCCAGAGACUUGAGAGCUUUUUAAAUAAUAGAAUAGGAAGUGAUGGCGAACCACCUUUUCCUGAUUUCAAUGAUGUGGUACAGUGUGUAGUCACUUCAAAUUCAGUUGAUGAACUUGGCUGGAGUACACAGCAAAUAAUGAGGGAGGCCACCUCGCUAUUUACCCAAUGCGGUCGCGCCCUACAGCAGCGAAGGCAGAAACGCGAGUGGCGCCAUCUGAUGAGCAGUGUGAAUAGGGAACAUUUUGAUGAUGACCCCGCCGAAAAUGAUCCAGAACUCGAAGCAAAGUUGCAGGCAAACCGUCGUAACGCCAUAAAAAAAGAAGCCGAAAUUCUGGAUAGGUUCACCAUGAUACAAAACUGUCACCGGAAACGCUGUAAAAUAAAUGAAAAUGCGAAUGGCAGUUUUCAACAAGAUUGUGAUAUUAUCGAUAAUGUUAACACAGGGAGUGCUAUUGAAUUGACAGAAUUGAAGAGUGACGAAAUCGUUGAAAAUUCUGCAGAAGACAUUAAUUAUAACAUCAAAAUAGUGUCGGUGAAAAGUGAAGCGGUCGAUGUCGUACAGGAACUAGAACGGUUUGAAGGGAAUUAUACGACUACCGUCAAAGAUAUUGAAGAUCCGUUUCUCGUCAUUGAGAUUUCAUCGGACAGCAGUUGCGAUGAAGAA